AAAGCGCAACUGCGGUAAAGCAAGGGCAAAACCGUCAAUAAAAUACUCUGAUCCUUCCUGAAGAAACAUCCAUCAUCUUCUCCAUUUCAUCAACCUAUACAUACACACACCUGUACGUAUAAUUUAUACACACACAUGAGAGGCCGUGACUGGAUCAAUCUGAUCUUACCAGACGAGCUAAUCCUCGAGAUCUUCGAUCACUUGGACGACAAAUCGAGCCGCGACGCGUGCUCGCUGGUGUGCAAGCGGUGGUGUUCGCUCGAGCGGUUGAGUCGCGACACGAUUCGAAUCGGAGCUUCUGGAAGGCCCGAUGAAUUGGUGAGAAUCUUGUCGAGGAAGUUUGUUAAUGUGAAGAAUCUGUAUGUUGAUGAGCGCCUCUCCAUUCCGCUCCCUGUUGAAUCCGGAAGAAGGCGUCCUAGUGUUCUAUCAGUCAGGCUUCACUUGUUAUCUGAGACGAGUGGAUCUCAAGACAAUGAAACAGAAGCAUACUGUUUAUCAGAUGCUGGUUUGGCUGCUAUAGGUGAUGGCUUUGCCAAAAUUGAAAAGUUAAGCUUAAUAUGGUGCUCUAAUGCGACCAGUGCGGGGUUAAAAUCUAUGGCUGAGAAGUGUAAAUUUCUCAAAUCUUUAGAUUUACAGGGCUGCUAUGUUGGUGAUCAAGGUUUAGGUGCUGUUGGGGAGUGUUGUAAGAAACUUGAAGAUCUUAAUUUGCGAUUUUGUGAAGGUUUAACUGAUGCGGGCUUGGUUGAGUUAGCUAUUGGAUGUGGAAGCACUUUGAAAUCAAUUGGUGUUGCUGCCUGUGCAAAAAUAACUGAUAUCUCAUUGGAGGCUGUUGGAUCCAAUUGCAAAUGUCUCGAAAGUAUGGCAUUAGACUCAGAGUUCAUCAACAAUAGAGGGGUACUAGCUGUGGCUAAAGGAUGCCUUAAAUUAAAAGAACUUAAACUGCAAUGCAUUAAUGUCACGGACGAGGCUUUGCAAGCUGUUGGCCUGUUUUGUUUGUGUCUAGAACUAUUAUCUCUAUACAGUUUCCAGAGAUUUACUGACAAGAGUCUAUAUGCUAUUGGAAAAGGGUGCAAGAAGCUAAAAAAUCUUACAUUAAGCGACUGCUAUUUUUUGAGUGACAAGGGUUUGGAAGCAGUUGCAACUGGUUGUACAGAACUUAGUCAUCUUGAAGUUAACGGCUGUCACAAUAUUGGAACAUUUGGACUAGAAACUAUUGGCAGAUCUUGCAGGCAGCUUUCUGAGUUGGCUCUAUUGUACUGUCAAAAGAUAGGUAACUUUGCCCUUUCUGAGGUAGGCAGAGGCUGCAAGUAUUUGCAAGCGCUACAUUUGGUAGACUGUUCAAGUAUCGGGGAUGAUGCCAUAUGCAGUAUAGCAAGAGGUUGCAAACUUCUCAAAAAGCUCCACAUCCGAAGAUGUUACCUGGUUGGGAACCGGGGUAUCAUAGCUGUUGGCGAGAACUGUAAAUUCCUCACAGAUCUUAGCCUGCGGUUUUGCGAUAGGGUAGGAGACAGCGCCCUAAUUGCAAUUGGUCGAGGUUGCUCCUUGCAUCAUCUAAAUGUUAGUGGCUGCCACCAAAUCGGGGAUGCAGGAAUAAUAGCCAUUGCAAGAGGGUGCCCCAAAGUCAGUUACCUUGAUAUAAGUGUUCUUCAGAAUUUAGGAAACAUGGCAAUGGCUGAACUGGGUGAAGGUUGCCCUUUACUAAAGGACAUAGUGCUAUCACACUGCCGUCAAAUAACAGAUGUUGGUCUAGAGCAUCUUGUUAAAAGGUGUCCUCUGCUCGAAACUUGCCACAUGGUCUAUUGCCCGGGUAUUACUGCAGCCGGGGUGGCCACUGUGGUUUCGAGCUGUGACAAAAUGAAGAAAAUCUUGGUUGAAAAAUGGAAGGUUAGUCAAAGGACUAGACGCAGAGCCGGAUCCAUCAUCUCAUACCUAUGUGUUGACCUCUGAAUUUCGCUUGCAGCAUGCUGAAACAAUCUCAGGAUACUUGACGCUUCCAGCUCUAACAUUGUCCGUGUUAUUUGUUGUUAAGAGUAUACCUUUUUUCUGCCUUUCAACAAGUUUUUUGCUCAGGUUCCAACACAAAAUUUUAUCGUUAUUCCGCCAAGUGCAUUUCACCUAUGUUAGCAUGUAUAGAUAGAGUAUCAGCACACUUGGGGGAAAUUAGGUGUCUAUGGAUCUCCAUUCUGCGAUAUUUUUCCCGUUGUGUUAUUUAUUAUAGAUUUAAUAAAGCAGGGCGAUUUUAGGUUUA